CACCCCGGUACCCACUGCUUGGGGCCUUCUGGGUGGCAGCACUUCACAGAGAGAGACCGAGGAGCAGCCCUGAGCCCUUGGCUGUGGGGGGUGGGGGAACUGACUCACUUGGCCCCCCUCCCUCGUGCCGAUGGGGCAGCCCCCACACCCAUGGGCGCUGGCACCCCGGCAGGCCCCCGGGUUUUGGAAAAGGAAGCUGCAGCCCGGCUGCGCCUGACCGGAGCCGGCUGAGGAUGCGCUCUGGGCGCAGGGACCCGCUGGCCCCCGGGCCGGGAGGCGAUGUUUAGGCAGCGACCCCCCAGAGGCUGCCGGGGCCACCCUGGCCACGGGCCCGCCGGGACGCCCCUGCUCGCCGCGCCCCUCCCCGGGCCGUGGCGCGUCCCCCGAGCCGCGCAAUAUUUCCUUCCUGCACCUUUAAGAAGACCGUUGCUCCGUGGUGGGAUGGUGUGUUAAAGCCACACAGAGGAAGUUACGCAGCCCGGAUCAGACCGAGAGAUAAAAGCCCCGAUGGUGAUCAUUGUGCCUAUGAUUGGGGAGCUGUUUCUCAGUGCCUGGCUCUUCAUGGUUGGCCAGCACGUGGAGCACUCUGUUCAUCUGUACAUAUAGGUGUUGUUGCUAAUGAGCUCUCUCUCUCUCCUCCCCUCUUACAAUGAAAGACAAGUCAGACCCCAGGUACCUGGAUGGAUUGAGAGCUGAGAUCUCAGAAACUUCAUAAUAAGUUGCCGAUGGCUACCAGCCAAGGCUGGAGGGUUGUUUUGCCGUUGUGUUGAGCACGUCACCCAUUAAGAGCCCUUUAAAGACCUGGAUUGAUUGGAAGGACAAAAAUUAAAAGCAAUCUGAUCCAGCCUCAUGCAGGAUGCCUGCGGAUUUUCUCCUUAUCCCAUUUCCAUCCACUGUCACAAUUUGAGAAUCUGCCUGAUUUGAUCAGAUUCACCUCCAGGGGAGGUGUGAUGCCAAGGUUAGGAGGACGUGAAGUUAUGGGCAACUUUCUGAUCUGUCCAUCAGCAGUCUGAGAAACGCUGGCUCUGAAUUUUCCGUGUCGGCCUUUUGGAAACAACAAGUUCCUCGCUGUUUGCAAAGCUUCAGUGCUCGGGUCCCUGGGACACCCCGGCCACCCUCGCCUGGUAGAUGUGGCAUUUCCAUGCUGAGGCCGCGAGUCCCGCCUGACCCCGUCGCUGCCUCUCCAGGGCUUCUCUGGGCCGCGCCUCUGCAGACUGCGCAGCCAUGCUGCACCUGCUGGCGCUCUUCCUGCACUGCCUCCCUCUGGCCUCUGGGGACUAUGACAUCUGCAAAUCCUGGGUGACCACAGAUGAGGGCCCCACCUGGGAGUUCUACGCCUGCCAGCCCAAGGUGAUGCGCCUGAAGGACUACGUCAAGGUGAAGGUGGAGCCCUCAGGCAUCACAUGUGGAGACCCCCCUGAGAGGUUCUGCUCCCAUGAGAAUCCCUACCUAUGCAGCAACGAGUGUGACGCCUCCAACCCGGACCUGGCCCACCCGCCCAGGCUCAUGUUCGACAAGGAGGAGGAGGGCCUGGCCACCUACUGGCAGAGCAUCACCUGGAGCCGCUACCCCAGCCCGCUGGAAGCCAACAUCACCCUUUCGUGGAACAAGACCGUGGAGCUGACCGACGACGUGGUGAUGACCUUCGAGUACGGCCGGCCCACGGUCAUGGUCCUGGAGAAGUCCCUGGACAACGGGCGCACGUGGCAGCCCUACCAGUUCUACGCCGAGGACUGCAUGGAGGCCUUCGGUAUGUCCGCCCGCCGGGCCCGCGACAUGUCAUCCUCCAGCGCGCACCGCGUGCUCUGCACCGAGGAGUACUCGCGCUGGGCAGGCUCCAAGAAGGAGAAGCACGUGCGCUUCGAGGUGCGGGACCGCUUCGCCAUCUUUGCCGGCCCCGACCUGCGCAACAUGGACAACCUCUACACGCGGCUGGAGAGCGCCAAGGGCCUCAAGGAGUUCUUCACCCUCACCGACCUGCGCAUGCGGCUGCUGCGCCCGGCGCUGGGCGGCACCUAUGUGCAGCGGGAGAACCUCUACAAGUACUUCUACGCCAUCUCCAACAUCGAAGUCAUCGGCAGGUGCAAGUGCAACCUGCACGCCAACCUGUGCUCCAUGCGCGAGGGCAGCCUGCAGUGCGAGUGCGAGCACAACACCACCGGCCCCGACUGCGGCAAGUGCAAGAAGAAUUUCCGCACCCGGUCCUGGCGGGCCGGCUCCUACCUGCCGCUGCCCCACGGCUCUCCCAACGCCUGUGCCGCUGCAGGUUCCUUUGGCAGCAUCAGCAGGUCCCAGAAAGACCCCGACCCCAAAGGCCCUGUGGCCACUGCGGCCACCACAGCCAUGACAGGGGCCCCUACUACUCCUGUCCCCUCCACGUCCACUGCCUGGGCCCCCAUGGCGCCCAGCACCCCACAGCCCACAGAGUGGACCAGGCCAUCUACGGCUGCCCCUCUCUCAAGCAGGUGGUCCCAGGUGGCCGCCCGUGCAGAAGCUGUGGGCACCCCUGCCGCUGCCCCUGCCCCUGCCAAGGGCUACAAACUUUUCCAGCUCAAGCCCAAAUCUCCUCAAGUGAUGCCUAUUGAAGAAUUCCAAGACUGCGAAUGCUACGGUCACUCCAACCGCUGCAGCUACAUUGACUUCCUGAAUGUGGUGACCUGCGUCAGCUGCAAGCACAACACGCGAGGUCAGCACUGCCAGCACUGCCGGCUGGGCUACUACCGCAACGGCUCGGCAGAGCUGGAUGAUGAGAACGUCUGCAUUGAGUGUAACUGCAACCAGAUAGGCUCCGUGCACGACCGGUGCAACGAGACCGGCUUCUGCGAGUGCCGCGAGGGCGCGGCCGGCCCCAAGUGCGACGACUGCCUCCCCACGCACUACUGGCGCCAGGGCUGCUACCCCAACGUGUGCGACGACGACCAGCUGCUGUGCCAGAACGGAGGCACCUGCCUGCAGAACCAGCGCUGCGCCUGCCCGCGCGGCUACACCGGCGUGCGCUGCGAGCAGCCCCGCUGCGACCCCGCCGACGAUGACGGCGGUCUGGACUGCGACCGCGCACCCGGGGCCGCCCCGCGCCCCGCCACCCUGCUCGGCUGCCUGCUGCUGCUGGGGCUGGCCGCCCGCCUGGGCCGCUGAGCCCCGCCCGGAGGACGCUCCCUGCACCCGGAGGCCGGGGGUCCCGGGGUCCCGGGGCGGGGCCGGCGUCCGAGGCCGGGCGGUGAGAAGGGUGCGGCCCGAGCUGCUCCCAGGUGCUACUCAGCAGGGCCCCCCGCCCGGCCCGCGCUCCCGCCCGCACUGCCCUCCCCCCGCAGCAAGGGCGCCUUGGGACUCCGGUCCCCGCGCCUGCGAUUUGGUUUCGUUUUUCUUUUGUAUUAUCCGCCGCCCAGUUCCUUCUUUGUCUUUCUCUCUCUUUUUUUUUUUUUUUCUGGCGGUGAGCCAGAGGGUCGGGAGAAACGCUGCUCGCCCCACACCCCAUCCUGCCUCCCACCACACUUACACACACAAGACUGUGGCCGACGGCCCCUGGCCUGUGCCAGGCUCACGGGCGGCGGCGGACCCCGACCUCCAGUUGCCUACAAUUCCAGUCGCUGACUUGGUCCUGUUUUCUAUUCUUUAUUUUUCCUGCAACCCACCAGACCCCAGGCCUCACCGGAGGCCCGGUGACCACGGAACUCACCGUCUAGGGGAGGAGGAGAGAAGGAAGGGGUGGGGGGCCUGGAAACUUCGUUCUGUAGAGAACUAUUUUUGUUUGUAUUCACUGUCCCCUGCAGGGGGGACGGGGCGGGAGCGCUGGUCACCGCGGGGGCCGAUGGUGGAGAAUCCGAGGAGUAAAGAGUUUGCUCACUGCUGCC